AUGAAUGGAUUAUCUGGAAAUGGACAUGAAGAACCAAGUCUCUAUGAGAAACUGUUAUCCGAAAGAGAAACCUUUAAUGCAAUUUUAGAUUUUUCAAGACGUUCCUACAGUUCUGAACCAGUUCUCUGUUUUGACACUAUUCAAAAUUACAGAAAAAGUAGACGAAUGACAUUUCGAAUGAAAAUAGCCAACAAUAUAUUAGAAACCUUUCUCUCAAAAAAUUCUCCUCUCGAACUAAACAUUCCCAAAAUUGAUUCUCUUCACAAUGAGCUGCUUUUCCUAAUUAAAGAAAAGAAUGAAACAAAAAUUGAUGAAUUAUUAGAAGAAUUGAGAGUUCAUUGUUUAUUGGAUAUGAAUGAAAUGAUGACAAGAAUGAAUUCUGAAUAUCCAGAAAUGUUUAGAAAAGCAAAACAGGAAAUCUAUUUCAGUACAAUCAAUUCAGCAUUUUCAAUUUAA